CUGCGCUGUAUAUAAAUCGUUGAGUAAUCUUUGUGUUGUUUAGUAUCAGUGCGAUUUACAGUUAAUUUCAUUAAGUAUGAUUUAUAAAUCUAGACGCUGAUGUUUUGUUUCAUUGUAUUAUGUGGAUAUUUCGUCGGGCUUUUUCACGGACAGCUGUGUGUGUUGUUUGAUAAACAUGGCGGAGCUGAAGGACUGCACAGAAAUGAAGGAUCUCUUGAAGAUUAUUGGCUCUUAGAGAUACAAAGUGGUGAAAGUUUCCAGCAUCAGUAUUGCUUUGUCAGAUUUGAUGAUUCAGCAGGAAAAGCCGUUGACGGGCAGCAUGCCGGUGGUGUGGCCCGCGCUGCUCGAUCUCAGCAGAGACGAAUGCAAGCGAAUCCUGCGCAAACUGGAGCUGGAAGCGUACGCUGGUGUGAUCAGUGCGCUGAGAGCUCAGGGAGAUCUGACUAAAGACAAGAAAGAGCUCCUCGGAGAACUCACCAGAGUCCUCAGUAUCUCAACAGAACGUCAUCGAGCUGAGGUCCGCAGAGCUGUUAAUGAUGAACGCUUAACCACCAUCGCAUACCACAUGUCCGGGCCCAAUAGCUCAUCUGAAUGGUCUAUCGAGGGGCGUCGGUUGGUUCCUCUGAUGCCCAGACUGGUUCCUCAGACAGCCUUCACUGUGACGGCUAAUGCGGUGGCCAAUGCUAGCGCGCACCAGAACGCAUCGCUGCUCCCACCCUCUGAAACCGGCAACAAAGAAGUGGUGGUUUGUUAUUCAUACACCAGUACCACCUCCACUCCCAGCAGCACCAGUGCACCAGCAGCUGUUAAAUCCCCUCGACCGGCCAGCCCCGCCUCAAACGUCGUAGUGCUGCCCAGCGGAAGUACCGUCUACGUGAAGAGCGUGAGCUGCUCUGAUGAAGAUGAGAAACCCCGUAAGAGGCGGAGAACAAACUCGUCCAGCUCCUCCCCUGUGCUGUUGAAGGAGGUGCCUAAAGCGUCCGCGCCCAUUUCCAAAACCAUCACCGUUCCAGUGAGCGGCAGCCCGAAGAUGAGCAGCCUGAUGCAGAGCAUCGCCAACUCUCUCCCGCCGCACAUGUCACCUGUGAAGAUCACCUUCACCAAACCCUCCACCCAGACUACCAACACCACCACACAGAAGGUUAUUAUCGUGACAACGUCUCCGAGCUCCAACUUUGUGCCAAACAUCCUGUCAAAGUCACACAACUACGCAGCCAUGUCUAAACUGGUAUCGAGUGCAGCGCUCUCGGCGGCCGCUCAGAAACAGACGAUGGUGAUUUCGGCGAGCUCCAGCGUAGUGCCGGGACCCGGUCCUGUUGCCGUGACAACAAUGGUGUCGUCCACCCCUUCGGUGGUGAUGUCUACGAUCGCGCAGGGUGGCUCAUCUGCCGCAGUGAAACUGGCCUCCAGCCGACUGCCGUCUCCUAAAGCUUUGGUCGGCUCUCCGUCUCAGAUUCUGCAGAUCCCCAAACAACAGCAGACAGCGGCUCAAUCUGUGUCUCCUAAAGCCAUGCAGGCAUCACCCGUCUCCUCGUCCGCGCAGAGCACAGGUGUGAAGAUCAUCACGCAGCAGAUGCAGCCCAGUAAGAUUUUACCCAAACCCUCCAGUUCAGGGCUCCCCAGCAGUAGCUCCGCCCCCAUCAUGGUCGUCAGCAGCAAUGGAGCCAUAAUGACCACCAAACUGAUUUCCAAUCCCACCGGGAGUCCUGCGACGUACACGCGGCCGUCUGUCAAUCCUGCGGUCGCUGCUCGCGUGGCCACGUCACCUGCCGGAGCCACUUACGUCAAAACCACCAGCGGCAGCAUUAUAACCGUCGUGCCCAAAUCUCUGGCCUCGCUGGGGGGGAAAAUUCUCACCACCAGUAUGGUGUCUGGAACCACAACAAAGAUCACCACUAUUCCCAUGACAUCCAAACCCAAUGUGAUCGUGGUGCAGAAGACCACCGGCAAAGGAACCACCAUACAGGGACUUCCAGGAAAAAACGUGGUCACAACGCUGUUAAACGCAGGGGGAGAAAAAGGCCUGCAGACGGUGCCCGGGGGGAAGCCGGCCAUCAUCACAGCUUCUAGGCCCAUCACUAAAAUGAUUGUGACGCAGCCCAAGAGUCUCGGUGCAGGCGUUCAGCCCUCUACCACCACCAAAAUCAUCCCGACCAAGAUUGUGUACGGUCAGCAGGGAAAAACGCAGGUUGUGUGUCCUCAGGUUCUGAUCAAACCCAAGCCCAUGGCCUUUCAGACGACAGUGGUGAGUGAACAGACCCGGCAGCUGGUGAGCGAGACGCUUCAGCAGGUCUCUCGCUGCACAGAAUCCAGCGCUGUCACGGGUCACAUCCAGGAGGUGAUGACGAAAGACGAUUCGCCCGCGUAUACGGAGGGCAGCCUAGCGUCUGACAUAACUCACGAGUCUCAGCCUGUAGUUCAUGUUAUCACCUCCAGAGGGCAGGAUUGGACCGAACAGGAAGUUGCAGUGGAAGCGAGUCCCACCAUCAUUUACCAGGAUGUGACAGGAGAGUCUCAGUCGGCUACGUCUACCAUCAAAGCCCUGCUGGAGCUUCAGCAGACCAGUGUGAAGGAGAAAGGUGACGCCAAACCACGUCAGCACACGAUUGACCUGAGUCAGAUGGCAGUGCCCAUCCCUGUCCCUCCUGACAGAAAGCCGUCACCCGAACCGUCCGGUCAGAGCACAGCAGAGUCUGCACCCAUCACUGAAUACAUGGGUAAAGUAAGUAAAGCUCUGAUUGGUGGAGAUGGUCCUGGAUCCAGCAGCCAGACUAAAACAGCGUCCUGUUCACCAUCACCAGUGCUAUCCUCAUCUAAGAGCAACAACCCAGCGCCCACAUCUGCACGCAUCACACAGCAGGUGGAGGCGUCUGAUCCGCAUAAUAAAGAGUUAGAGGAGCAGAUCGUGGUGGAGGAGGGACAGUUAGAGGGCGACACUUUGGAUCCUCAGACGGGUCUGUUCUACCGCUCCGCUCAGACUGUGAGCCAGGCUCCUCCUCAACUACAACAGCACCGCACGGCUCCACCCACCCUGAGCAAACCCGCCCCUAGUCCGUCUGACACACCCACAUCCUCUAAGAGGGCGGAGCCCGCCACUCCCAGACAGUCUGUGCAGCGAGAGAGACCCGCCCCUUCUGACUCUCUGUCGCCCUCGGCUGGCUCUCAGCCGUCGGUGCAGCUCGUGUCCUCGAACCCUCCUCACACUCCACAGCUGCCCAGACUUCAGCAGGCGCCCACCUCACACAACCGGCCCAAAACGCACACGCAGCUGUCGCAGCCUCCGCCCCUGCAGGCGCAUCACCCUGUGGGCUCCAGCAAGACACCCGGCUGCAGUCAGGUGCCAAUCAUCACUCAAGGUGCCACCGUCACCAAGAUCACGUUCGGAGGUCAUCAGUGUGCGCCUGCGUCCAGCAGCGGUGAGGUGUCUGUUAAACUCAAGCCCGAGUCCAGCACCAGCGCAGGAGCACCUAAAAGCUCCGUCUCUGACAUUCUGAAGAUCUCCAUGAUGGAGGCCGAGAUCGAUCCGAGCGUCGAACCCAUGGUGGUGGACUCGUCGAGUGACUGCGGCCCGCUGACCAAAGCCCCGCCCUCAUCAUCGCUCAUCAGCAGCUCCAAACCGACACACGGACCUUUUAGCCACAUCAAGAGCACAGACGUGGACAUCAUACAGGUCAUUCCUCAGUUCUCCAUCAUGCCUGACUCGAGUCAGUCUAACGUGGUGGUGGAGCCCAGCGGCUUUCUGGAGAUCACCGAUUACACCAGCCAGCGUCUGGACGAGGAUUCGGCCAUGGAACAGGAAGUGGACAGCAGCAAUGACGAGGGGGCGGCGGCCAGCCCGCCGGAGGCUGGCACCGACCAAUCGCAGUCAAGCAUCUGAAAGAGACAGAUUUUGAUAUGUGCUGGAGGACCUGACAGAGACAUCCAGGCCGGCAUUGAGAAGUGAAUCUUAUGUUGGGAUAUUUUGUAUUUUCACGAUGAGCGUAUAGAGAAACAUUCAGCGGUGAACGAGCGGCCGUGUGUUUUACAGCGAGACACGGAUUUUCAAAAGGUCGAUUUCUACUUCAUGUAGAUCUUACGGAGGGAACCUGAGAUCAGAUAGUUUUGGUGUAAAUAACAUGAGCUCACUUAUGAUGAAAUACAUCUCUUCUGCUCGUCCAGUCUCAUUUGUGAUGUAACGUUUAGCAUUUUAACUGUAUAAACUUUACUACAAAACUC